GAAACCAAGCGGAUAUAAUAUGACACGAAGAAAACAGACCACGGAGAAUCAUUUUAUCUGCAAACAAAAUCUGACCAUGUUUAGGCUAGCAGAGAACGCUUAGCUGCGUGUGAUGGCCGCCACUGUGUCCCCUUUGCGUUGUCACGCACGUCCGUGCACGUGCGUCAAAACCAUGAGCAAUGGAGCGCCACUUGCCCCCGAGGAUCUGGGAGCUCUGGACACGGUUCAGACGGUGGAGCCGCGGAGGCAGACAGCGGUGGCAGCCGGAGGGGGAAGUUGCUGUGCACGGUCGUCCACCUAGGCGUUGGAGGACUCGCUUUGAGCGAGCCACUUCCCACGUUCUGGAAGUUGGCCCCCCCACCUCUGGCAUUGAGGUACCCCGCUUUGACCUGCCUUCUUACACACAACUUCCUCUUUACACUGAUCUCUUUCCUCCUCAUUCUCCUCCACGCUUUCCUGUUCCUUCUGCUAUUCUUUCCACACCUCCUCCUCCCUAUUCUCCUCCACGCUCUCCUGUUCCUUCUUCUGUUCCUUCCACACCCCCUCCUCCCUAUUCUCCUGUUCCCUCUUGCUCUUUUGCUGCUCCUCAUUCUCCUCCACGCUCUCCUGUUCCUUCUUCUGUUCCUUCCACACCCCCUCCUCCCUAUUCUCCUGUUCCUUCUUGCUCUUUUGCUGCUCCUCAUUCUCCUCCACGCUCUCCUGUUCGUCUUUCUUCUGUUCCUUCCACGCCCCCUCCUCCUUAUUCUCCUGUUCCUUCUUGCUCUCCGGCUCCUCCUCUUUCUCCUCCAUGCUCUUUUGCUCCUUCUUCUUCUAUUCCACCUUCACCCCCUGCUCCUUCCCCUCUGGUUCCACUUAUUGUGGCUCCUUCUGAGCUGCCCUGUGUUCCCGAUGCUGGCCUUUCCCUGUCUCCUGUUAUUCAGGACUCAGGCUCCACAGUGGAAGGGACCAGCGAGGACUUAGCGGUUGGGGAAACCAACGAGGCUCCUAGCAGCAGCAGCAGCAGCAGCAGCAGCAGCAGCAGCACACCUGGUAGAGGUAGGGAGGACAGUGAUGAGGAGGGGGCUGCUCCCAAAAGACCAUGUUUUACUGUGAGACACUGUGUCACACAGUAAACUUGGUCUUUGCCUUUGUUGGAUGGCAGCAGCCACCUCUUUGUUCACGGAUAACUGGCCUCUGUUUUUGACAGGACCAGUUUAUCCUACUGUCUUCUUUUUUUUUUCUUGAUUUCUUUCUUCAUAAUUUUAAAUAUUCAUCCAAACCCUGAGAACUAGCCUUUGCGUCUGGCUGGGCAGUUCUUGUCCCAGGUAGCGUCUGGCACUGGGACCUUUCUUUCUUUCCUGGAUGAAUACAGGUUUGAAUGUUAAUAUUUACCCUGAGAACUAGCCUUUGCGUCUGGCUGGGCAGUUCUUGUCGCAGGUUGCGUCUGGCACUGGGGCCUGCGUUUACAGUUCAGCAUGGUGGUGGGAUGGACUUUUCUUUCACCCUGGAGGCUGAGUUCAGCGCCUGGCAGGGCCUUCGACCCCCCCCAUGCAAGUUGCUCUAGCGUCUGGCAGGGGAGCAGUGCCACUGAUACUGAUGUACUGACCAGUGUGUCUGUCAGUCCAGCAGACAAAGUUUCAUAAGGAGAAGGCGCUGAGGGCACGAGGAGAAGGAGAAGGUGACACCAGGCAAUGAGACGACCGAUCUGGACCAUGGUCCUGCAGUCCAAGGAGAUGUCAGAGCGAUUGCAGGAACUACGGCUGCACAAUUACAUUCAGUGCAGCUGUGGAGGAUGGACACAACAGACACCAUAGGACCACCUGGAGAGAAGUUGUCACCUGUGUCUAUGGAGGCUCAAUGCUCAUCCUUCGGCUCUUUGCUCCCUCCAGCCUCCGGUCCCGACAGAGGGGAGCCUCCCA